AUGGAGUCUUUUCUGGUCCUCACUCUGCUUCUGGUACCCGUGCAUGUUGCUGUGGCUACCUGGAGCACCAAUUAUGCCGUCGAUUGCCCAGAAUCCUGCGACAGCAGCGAAUGCAAAAGCCCUCUGCACUGCAAGCGGACUGUGCUGGAUGACUGCGGCUGCUGCCGGGUGUGUGCUGCCGCCUUGGGGGAGACUUGCUACCGGACAGUUGCUGGUAUGGAUGGAGUCAAAUGUGGCCCCGGUCUGAAGUGCCAGUUCUUUUCUGAAGAGGAUGAUUUUGGGGAUGAGUUUGGUAUCUGCAAAGAGUGUCCCUAUGGCACCUAUGGAUUAGAAUGCCGAAGAACAUGCAAUUGCCAGUCUGGCAUUUGUGACAGAAUAACUGGGAAGUGUGUAAAGUUUUCAUUUUUCCAACUGGCUGCAUCAAAACCUCCCAACAGGCGAAAAUUACUCCCACAUACAGAAAAUUAUAUGGGAUCUGGUGAUGGUAACUCUGUUAAUGAGGAAUUUGUCAAAGAAAAAGCGAUUCACUCCCCAAUCAAAUGGCUAAAUCCUCGCUGACAUUGGCCUAUGUAUAAGACUUUCAAAUGGAUGUUUUCUUCAGAUUUUAUAAUGAAUAAUUUUAAAGACAUUAGAUCUUCAGCAAAGGAAAUGGUAAUGUGUAAGAAAUACAAUCUGUGUACCUUCAGAAAAAGAGACUUUGUACAGCAUAUAUUAUUUCCAAAACAUGUUUUGUGAUUAAUUGAAUGCUGAAUGUGCUAUGAAUUGUAGAACAUAAAAUACUAUUGGAACUUUCAUAGAUAUAAGUAUUUCAGAGAAACACUUAACCAUCUCAAUUCUGCAAUUCCUACAUAAAAUAUUCAUUUUAUGGAUGGUGAUAAGGGUUAGGAAAUACAAAGUCUGAUAUCCUUGGCUUGCACCCGCAGUACAUUCAUAAUAAUAUGCAUUAUGAGUGGGUAUAAUAUAAGGGACUAAAAUUAUUCUUAACUUUGCAAAUGAAAGUUGCAAUCCUACGCAUAUUUCCUUGGCAUUAAGUCACACUGAACUCACUGGGUCUUACUUUUCUGUUAGCAUGCACAGUGUCAGCCUGCAUGGCCACAAGUGCCUGAUCCAGCCUAAUCUUGGAAGCUAAGUACGGUUGAGCCUGUUUGAAAGCUGGAGGGGUGACUUGGGUCCUGCACUGAGCAGGCAGUUGGGCCCUGCUAGGCCGCUUCCAACUCUACGAUUCUAUGAUACUAUGCAACUGAACACACUAUGUAUGUCUACUUGGGGUUAAGUACUGUUAUGUUCAGUGGGCCUUACUCCCUGGUAAGUGGACACAGGAUUACUGCCCUAAUGUAGUUGAAAAGAUUUAAGCAGCCCUGCUGUGGGCAGGAUUGUGACUUUAGACUGGAUGGCAUCAAAAUAUCCUUUCUUCCAAAACGGAGCCCCAAACUUCCAUUACACUUUUCAAAAAAGGAAAUAAAAAAUGGCCUAAUCUUUAUUGUCCAUCAGCUAACUUUCUACCAUUUAGAGCACUCAACUCAAAUAUAAUGAUAACAAGUAGAUUUGCAGCUGUUUUAAAAGAGUCUUGAUCUCUUGCAAGAUCGUGUUCGUGCUGGCUAUGGAUUAUGUAGAAGCAUAAUACAUAAUGCAUGUGAAUGACACUUGCUUUUGUCCAAAGGAACAAAAUGAAGGGAGCUGGAGUUGGAAGGAGCUUUUGCCGAUUUGGGGGACUGGAAGAGCAGCAGCAAAUAAAUGAUGCAGGGGAAACAACACACAGUGCCAUAUGUUUUAUGGGUGAUGCAAUCACAAACAUGGAGCUGGACUUUUUGAAAUGAUUGUUCUAGCUAUACAGAAGUUAAAAGAAACAUGAAAACAUAAGAAAAAACACAGCAUCUAAGGGCACUUUAUGGCCCCUUUACCAAUGGGGUACUAGUAAAUCUAGAUGUG